UCGAUGCCGUGAUGCAGCCCGAAGUCCGGCUGCACAGAGCAGUGUGUCCUGCAGUCGUCCAGCAACUGAUGGUGAUUAAAGAAGAGGUUCCCACUGAGGAGCAGAAGUGGAGCCCCUUUGUGGACAAGAAGGACCCAGAGCCCCCCCACAUUAAAGAGGAACAGGAGGAACCGUGGACCAAUCAGGAUGGACAGCAGCUUCAAGGACUGGAGGAGGCUGAUAUCAAGUUCACAUUGACUCCUGUCGCUGUGAAGAGUGAAGAAGAUGAAGAGAAACUUAAAUCGUCAAAGCUUCAUCCGAGUGAGAUGAAGGAGAACAGAGUGGACUGUGGAGGACCAGAACCAGCCAGGAACUCAGGUCCUGAUGGACGUUUACAACCAGGUCCUGAGGAGAAGACUGAAGACUCUUCUGAGACUGAAGAGAGUGAGGAUGAUUGGAUGGAGACCAGGGAACCUCAGACUGGUUUAAAUACAAGAAAUAACAAACAGCCUCUAAGUGAUAUGGGAUGUAAGACAGAAAAAAAAUUGUUUAGCUGCUCUGAGUGUGGUAAAAGAUGUAUCCAUAGGGGAGAUCUAAAUAGACAUAUGAGGAUUCAUACAGGAGAGAAGUCGUUUAGCUGCUCUGAGUGUGGUAAAAGAUUUACCAAAAGGGGCAGUCUAAAUGUACAUUUUAGGAUUCAUAAAGGUGAGAAACCGUUUAGUUGCUCUGAGUGUGGUAAAAGAUUUAGCCAUAGGGGAGCUCUAAAUAAACAUGUGAGGAUUCAUACAGGUGAGAAACCGUUUUGUUGCCUUGAGUGUGAAAUGUUCAAAGAAAUGUUUCCCGAGUCAGACAUCGCCAAGACGUUCACCUGCGGCAAGGACAAAUCUGGUUACAUAACAAAAUUCGGACUAGCACCAUACUUCAAGCAACAGCUUGUUGAUGGUGUCAAUAAAGCUGGGCAGUUUGUGCUGAUGUUUGAUGAGAGCCUCAAUCAGUCCACAAAAAAUAAACAGCUCAAUGUCCACGUUCGAUACUGGGAGGAUGACAGAGUCCAAUCCAGCAUGGAUGGCCCCAAUGUCAACUUUAAGUUGGUGGAACUUCUCCAGAAAGAACACGCAGAGCUCUAUGGAGGUGCUCAGCUGGUCCUGGUUGGAAGCUGUGGUUUUCACACCCUCCACAACGCAGUAAAGGCAGGCUUCACCAUGUGGCAUCUGGAAAAGCUCCUGAGAGCAAUGCACUUCCUCUUCCACAAUGUUCCUGCAAGGAGAGAGGACUUCACUAGCCUGACUCUGUCCUCCAGCUUCCCACUUCCAUUCUGUGGCCACAGAUGGGUUGAAAAUGUCCCUGCGGCAGAGAGAGCAGUUGAGGUUUGA